CAAGCACUCAUGCUCUGUACUACUAGACGCUUCUAGAAAAUCUACCACGGUCAUUUUCAGACAAAGUAGUAAUACUGAGGAAACGAUUUCCACAUCUCAGCCUCUGCUCUGCUUUGUAUUCGCUCUUUGUGAGGGAUGUUCUUAGUCGCAUGUGGCAUCAGUUAACAUAUCAGCCAUCAUGAGUGAUACAUUAAUUCGACUGUGCCUGAAAAGUGUAAUUGCAACUACUUGUAUACCAGUGCUUCUAGGUGCACCAAUAACCAGCCUGUCCGGAAUCCAACAGCCAUCUAACCCGUUGGACAUUGCUACAUGUGGAAAAAACUCAUAUUGGGACAUUGAAAAUGCACAAUGUAAACCAUGUGUGACUUGUCCAAUGGGUAUGGGAUCUAGUGUUAGGGAGUGUGGAGAUGGACGUGGAGAAAAGGGGAUAUGUGAGGACUGCAUUGAUGGAGAAACUUACCAAGACGAGAUCAGCACCAACGGUCAAUGCAAAACAUGCAAAAAUAUGUGUGAUACCAACGCAAGUGUGUUGACAAAUUGCACGAUAUAUGCAAACACCGAGUGUGCAUGUAAUGAGGGGUAUGGCCGACACCCCGGCCGUCCAGACCAUUGCAGUCUGUGUGACCUUUUUAAUGAUGACGAGAAGCCACUAGAGUGUCAGACCCUAACACCAACCCCUCUAGCACCUGUAGCAGAUACUGAUGAAUGUUUACCAGGAUACGAGAUGGACCAUCUAAAUGAGUGUGUUGAUAGCCCAGGUCAAGGCUGGGUGGUGCCUCUAGUAAUACUCGCAGCAAUACUCGCAGCAGUAAUCAUAGUUACAAUAUGUAUAUGCCUAUACAGGUUGUACGUACGUCGGCAGAAAAGACCAAAUCAACAAACAGGCAGUCAACAGAACAAUUCAAAAGAUCAAGUGACUCCCGGCAGCGAGAAUGUCAUUGAUGUUAAAGCUCCUACUAAUGGUGAUGUGAAGCAACAGAGUAAUAGCCAUGCCUCUAAUCAUGCCCCAGAUACUGGAGACAAUACGACUGAGGAGUCCACGUUGCUGGGUGAUGGCACUAGUACUGUUGAGCAGACAGAUAAUUCCGUUGAAGAAGCGAGACCGGAUGAUAGUCUCUUUGGCAACCCAAUCCCAGAGGAGCCAAGCAACGGAAAUGAAAGGUACCCUAGGCCUUUGCCACUGGGAGGAAUACCUACCCGGCCAAUGGCAGACAGUCAGAAACCCAGAGUGAUGAGGAAGCGUUUCCUAUCAGAGGGUAACAAUCCGGAUGAAGCACAGCACAGUACACCAUCAUUAAUGCCGAAAGUGCGUAGCAAAUGUAAAGAGGCUGAGCGAAAAAGUAAAGAGGAGAAAUUUGAAGAUUCUUUUCAAAAGGCGUGCAGUUUAGGAAGAAGUAUUCACUGGGAAGACUUGGAGCGUGGUAUCAGGAAGAAGUGCAGUCAGAUGAUGACUCCUGUGGACAGGUCUGAUAAUCAAGUCUCAUCAAAUGACUUCAGGACUCUAGGUGAGAUGCUGAAACUCAAGCCCAAGACUGACUUGAAGGAAUGCAAAGACCUUGAAGGGGUUUUCGCAUUUCUUCACUCAAGCAGGAGCGUACUUGUGGACUUAGAGGAAGUACUUCAGAAGCUUAGAGAUAUACCAAGAAUGGACGUGGUGAGAGUUUUGGUUGAGGAGAUUGUUAAGAAGAAACCCACAUGUAGCUGUGUUUCUUGAGAGGCUGUACUGGUAAUCUGUUUGACUGUUUUUUUAUGAUGCAAGUCGUCACCAUUUUCACGAAGGGUCAAUUUGUCCCCUGCAGCCAAAAAUGUAUGUUUGGAGAAAAUCGCGUUUGAAGUUUUGCUAAUUUUGAAAUCACUGGUUCGUAGACUUUUCGAUGUGUAAUCUUUGAAAUUUUUACAUAUCAGGAAAGAAGAGAUCCUAAAUCAUACAAAUCUGUUUCCAAUUUUGUCCAUAACAGUUUUAAUUAAUGAGUAAUUGUUAUCAACAAAACUGUCUCUUCGUGAAAACUGUACAAAACGUGGUCUGUGUGUAGUGCGUCGUGUGGCUGUUCAUGAAAACGCAAAAACAAGUUGUGGCCAUAAUGGCCUUUUGGGGCGCGUGCGCGUAAAACAAUGUAGGUCACAGGUAUUGGCCCUUUGUAAAACCAUCAAAAGCCGGAGCACUCGUUUUUGGCGCUGUGCCAGCCGUGUCUUCAACGCACAAAAAGGAAAUUGGCUGUUCGUGAAAACGCAAAUCCAGGUUCUUGAGGUUUUUGUCCUUUACCAUCUGAGCAUAUCUAAGAAACUAGAGGACUUUUAGGUCUAUAAAUUAGAGAAUUGUUAGAUACCGUUAAAUUAAUUCGAAACGACCCAAAAAAAUCAAAAUGAGUUUUUUAUAGAUUUUUUACAAUAUUGCCCCUUCUUGAAAACGGUGACAAAGUGAUGUGGAUGUAGGGGCCUUUCUCUCUCAAGAGGUUUAGUAGAACCUAGAACAUCCAUACCUGAGUCACUUAUCAAAAAAAUCAGCAAACAUUAAAAAAGGUAUUCCACAGUUGAUAAGGAAAUCUUGGAUCUUAUUUCAGUAAUGUUUAGCUCGGUCCUUUGAAGCGAUACGUUAAAGAAUGCAAAGUUUAACUUAAAGGAACUCUACAGAAUUGGUUAGAAACAAUAAUUGUGAAGAUCACAGAUUAACAUAAAACUUAAACGGUCUAAUGAUGAUGAUAGUAGAAAACAUCACAUGAAAUA